GUGACCUCUGUACAAGCACUGAAAUCAGCAGGUCGCUGUACAAAGCCGAAUAUUAUGGUUUUUGAUCGUUUGAAGUGACCGGUGGUGAAUUACGUAGUCUAUACGGAGCUGCCCGCAACUAACUGUUAGAAGGUUUCAAGUGUCGUAUUGGAGAAACGUUUUGAGUCACUGGAGUGAUGGAGAGAGUUUCCUGUCGCUUGGCCGUGUAUCUACAAUAACUUUAACGUUAGGUGUUAUUGAUAAGGGCACUGUAUGUGUUAGGUUUCGGACCCUGCUGGGUACAACAUUUGAUUCACAGGUACAUAGCAGGCCGACGGGAUGCGUCAUACCACCAGAAUCCUUGUCGCUUUAGUACUCGGGCCUAUGCUCCAAACCCUCGCCCGCCUUGCUCUCCGACCGUCUCAGCUACAGACCGGACUGCCCCCGGAGGUGCAGUGCGCCUUGACAUUGCUGCCGCCCUAUUUGCAGCCCGUUGAGCCCUUCAACUCGAGUCUGUUUAUCACAGGGAGGUCCCGCUGGCUUGACCAGUUACUGGCUCAUCUUCCGCCUGUGGCGGGAGUGUCCGUGUUCACCGUAAGCGCCCGACCGCGCGACAGAAACCCUCGGCACAUUUUCGGAAUAUCCUCUCCCAGGGCCCUUAUACUUGUGGCGGCAGACGAGCCGAGAAUACUUAUUCAAGUGGCAUCACAACUUUACGUGCCGUACUUCACCCGCAUCAUUCUGUGGACAACCGCAAGGGACAAGCUUCCACCAGCAGCUCUCAUGGCGAUUGCCAACGCCACAUCACAGUUCUGCCUGCGAGACGUGCGUUUUGCUGUGACCGUAGGAGACGGCUCGACUCGCAUGUAUUUACGAGGGAGGUCGAACUGUGGUGAUUUGCUAGUGACGUGGAGAGAACUAGGCCGCUGGACAGCUGCGCGGGGCUGGGAUCGCCGGACCGCCGUUAUGCCCAGGCCGUGCGCUACAUGGCUUCCUCCUAAAACUGGACACCUUCCCACCCUCUUAUAUCAGAACAACACUCCCCUUCGUCCAUUAUUGAGUUCAUUCUCUAAGUCAACGAACCCGGGCGAGCUUGUAAUGGAGGAAAUAAAACAGUCACUUGGUGUUUGUUUUGAUACGAAAGUGAUUAACUCGAGCGACGUUCAUGGCACGAGUGAUGGACUUCGUGACAUUUUCGAAUGCCAGAGAGACAUUACAUUGUUUCGCAGCCCAAUUCAACAGUUCAUGCACCGAGGGCUGUCCAUUUUCACGUGGAGAAUGCGGGCGCUGCUCGCCGCCGUGCCAAGGGGACUGGGUCCCCAACUUGGCAUUCUUCAUAGCCUCACUUGUGCGUUUAGCGGGCCACUCUGGUGUGCAGCUGUGUCGGCCGCUGCAACUGUGUGCCUCAGCCUGUCGUGCCUCAGCCGACAGCUCCGCGCAGACUGGGUCGGCGUCGUGCUGCAAACAUUGGCGCCUCUAGUCAACCAGACCCUCGGGCCGCAGAGGUGGCGGCAGCACCGCCUUGUGUACGGCACGUGGAUACUGGCCUGCGUCGUGCUGGGUGCCGCAUACACGGGACAUUUGCGUUCCGAGCUCACGGUUACAGCUCGAGAAAGAGAAAUGAACAGCUUAGAAGAGCUAGAAACCAGCAAUCUGAAGAUUGUUGCUAGGUACGACCUAGACCUAGCUAUAGACGGGCUUGCUUCGUGGGACUACAGCAGGUUCAGUUUCCAGACUAAUGAAAUACCGCUGUCCUCUCUCCUGCGACGCGUUGUGGAGAGCCGCGACACGGCCGUUCUCAUGAGCGAGGACGAGGUUUGCUCAGCGGGCCCCCUCGGGGACAAGGUCCACCUCUUCCGGCUGACUAGCGGGUCGCUGCAGAAGACACGAUUCUUGACGACUGUCGGCUCUCCAUUCGAGAGACAUCUCAUCAAGACUCUGGGGAGGUUGCGGGCUGCGGGCAUCCACUCCCGAUGGCUAGUCGUCCAUCAGCGCAAGCUGGCCGCUCACUUCGGCACCCCUCAGUCCUUCCAAAGUUUCCUGGAUGACUUCGAUAACCGGUGGCCUGCAAUUGCACGCUCCGUACGUGCCCUGCAGUGGACAGAGGUGCAACCCGCUUUUAUCGUUCUCGGAGCUGGACUGCUCGUGGCGGCCACAGCGUUGGGCUUCGAGCUGUGUCUGGAUACUUAGACAUAAGGGGGGUAGGGAUGAGGACGAGGGGGACACCACUCGCGUAAUGCUGUGUACAGAUGGAAGUGUAAUCUCUAUGUAAUCCGUGUCAUACUUAACUAAAUUAGGAAAAAAUGAUGACUAAAUAUCAAUUAAUUAUCCAAAUUCAAUAUGGUUUUAGCCCCAGAUAUUCAACAAAUUUUGUUAGAAAUCCGUCGAAAUUUUCGUGUCAUCCCUGUAAUCACAUAUUCCUGUGUACAUCCUAAAUCAAAGUGGUGGCCCCCGCGGAUAAGGAAGUAUUCUUGAAAGACAUGUGCUGCAUCCAUUACAGAGCCAUCGACGGUUAGCUGCCGACUACUGAAUUUAACACAAAACAAUUUUUCAGUGAAUUUUUACGAUUUUUGCGAUAUUUUAAUGAGUAGUCAGACGUCGGCAUUUCUGUUUAAUUAGUUGUCUCUUUUUAAGAGAAAAACAAAAUAAAGGGAAAACUGUGCACGAACCAAGCCAUUAUUUUAUCAGAUACGUUUCGAUAUCAUGAUUUUCUGACAGAUGUGCGCGCGGUCACAGUUUUGCUGUCAGGAGAGUGCAGGUGGACAUGAUUUAUCUUCGUGCACCAACACGGCAGCUUUUUCGUACUGUGGAAACCUCCAAAACAUAUUGGAAUUCAUAGUCUUCUUUAAACGCGGUCCCUUCUGAAAUGGAUCAAUGACCAAUUAAUUGUGUUAAAUAGAGACGGAAACCUUCCAUGAGAAUUCUCAUGAACUGAUGUUUCGAUUCAACUCUCCAGACGUUUGGUAAACUCAACACUAUAGAAUUAACUGUCAACCAUGUACAUGCAUGCCUGCAGGCACGCACAAACACCUGGAAAGAAAAACAUGCGGCUUGAGACCGCAUUCAAGAUACACUACUGCAGACUUCAGUGGGCCAUCAACAUCAUGUUUUUCUUUUUUCUUUUUUCAUCAGUUUCA